CACGCGACUUCCAAGAAUCUGCACCUACACUCACCAUACGAGAGCGACGCCCCUCCGAUGCAGGGUGCCCACCACCCCAUCUUUCCUCUCGAGCUCCUGCAGGAGAUCGUCGCGUCCGUCGAUCGGAUGUCUCUUCCAUCGUGCGCGCUCGUAUCUCGCGGGCUUCGAGUCGUCAGUCAGCGACUACUAUGGCGCGAGGUCAAAUUCACUCCCUUGACUUCUGCCGCCGAAGGCCUACUUCUGGCGCUGCCUCAACUUGGGACGUACACCCUCUCGUUGUAUGUGCAUGAACAGCGACAGAAGAGUCUGGGACAUCUGUCGAUUGAAGCGAUCGAGCGAGCGAGCGACUUACAAGCAGCCUACGCCAUUCGUAUGAUGCCGAACCUACGCAGUCUGCUUCUUCAACCGUAUGUGCCACGGGACAUCUCGCCCUUCAUCACCGAAGCAGUCACUCACGCAUUGCCUUUGCUGCAUACGCUAGGCCUUUGGCUCUAUACAGAGGUUCCCAUAGAGCUCCUUCACAAUCUCGAUCGCGCGCCAUCGCUAGACGACCUUCGCCUGUCUGUCCGCGUCUUGGAUCCGCUUCCAUACCAGAAUCGACGUGCCCAGGAUGAGAAGGAUGCACCCCCGCCACGGGUCUGGCUUUCCAGCCUCGCAAUGAUGUCACCAGAGGAUUACAAAUACUGGGAUUGGGAUUCAACUUCAACGUUGAAAUAUCUGCUCCUGCCUGAAGUGCCUGUCGGCAUGGCGGGCCUCGUCCGUCUUCGUGUGGAUGAACCCUAUGGCGUCGCCAAACAGUGGCUCGAGCGGCUUUUCGAACAGUGCCACCAAACUUUGCUCCACUUCGAUGCAACUGCGCUCAGACGAGAUCGCGGCGCGCCCGCUAGCCUUGCCUCGCUCGUCAACCUCGAGAGCAUCGUCAUACGUGAUAUUCCCCCGGACACCAAUGUCAGCCGAUCCGUGCUUCCGUUGACAUCCUCCGCCGUCUCCCUCAAACGCCUGUCCCUUGCUUUCGACAACUUCUUCCUCAUGCGAUGCGCGUACGCCGGCCUGCGUGAGCUGGGAGAUAGCCUCGCGCAAAGUCUGCAGGAGCGCCAGCAUGUCUUAUUCGAGCGGCUGACGCUGUACUUUCGACUCGGCGAUCACAUCAUGAGGCCGGACGCGUACAAGAUCAAGGUCGGUAAACAAAUCUGUGAGUGCAUGGGUGCGCUGGCGGACUAUGGCAUACAAGUGAAGGUGGAGUGGCUGCCGUGCAUCCCGGGUUGGCCCGACAAAGAAUUUCAUGGUCCGGACGUCGAAGAUCCCUUCGUAGUCCGCUAAGCCCUAAUUCAUCCUGAGCGCAUUGAUGCGAUCUGGCGCUAUGCCCGCGUACCGACUGCUCACAUUCCUUGUGUGUAUCUGAAUGUAAUAGGUGUCGUUCCGUCGCGACCUAUAUGUCCCGC